AUGGCGUCCUCAAUCCCCAAAACAAUGGCCGGCGUGCUGAUCGAAAAGACCGGCGGGACAGAAGUGCUGCAAUAUAAGACCGACCUGCCCGUCCCCGAACCAAAAGACGGCGAGGUACUAGUCAAGAACGAGUUUGUCGGCAUAAAUUACAUUGACACCUACUUCCGCACCGGCCUCUACCCAGCCCCCAACUUCCCCUACAUCCUCGGCCGCGAGGGCUCCGGCACCGUCGUCUCCGCCGGGUCCGGCAAUGUCUACAAUCUCUCAACCGGCGACCGCGUAGCCUGGAUGGCGCAGGGCGCAUACGCCGAAUACACCGCCGUUCCCGCCCUCUACGCUCACAAGAUCCCCGAAUCCGUCUCCUCGCAUGAUGCCGCCGCGGCGUUGCUGCAGGGUCUAACGGCGCUGACGCUGAUCCGGGAAGCCCACCACGUCAACAAGGGCGACUGGGUGCUUGUGCAUGCUGCUGCGGGCGGGGUGGGGCUGUGGCUGUGUCAGUUGCUGCGAGCGGUCGGGGCAAGGACGAUCGGGACGGCGAGUACGGAAGAGAAGGUUGAAUUGGCGAAGAAGAAUGGCGCGGAGGUCAUGAUUAACUACUCGCACGAAGAUGUUGCGGCGAAGGUGAAGGAGGUCACUGGAGGUGCGGGUGCGAUUGCGGUUUUCGAUGGCGUGGGGAAGUCUACGUUCGAUCUUAGUCUGGACUGCGUAGCGCGUAAGGGGAGUCUGGUCAGUUUUGGGAAUGCUAGUGGGGCGGUGCCGCCGGUUACGAUUGCAAGGCUGUCGGCCAAGAAUACGAAGCUGUUGAGGCCGACGCUGUUUAACUAUAUGGUCACGAGAGAGGAGUUUGAGACGUAUACGGGUGAGCUGUUUGAGUUCAUGACGAGGGAUAAGAUGGAUGUUAGAGUGCAUGAGGUGUAUCCGUUGAAGGAGGUGGCGAGGGCGCAUGAAGACCUUGAAGGGAGGAAGACUACGGGGAAGUUGUUGUUGAAGCCGUAG